CAAGACGAUCAAGAAUCCUGGGAAGAAACGAGACCGUUUUUUCUGACUUUUUUAUUUCCUAAAGCGUGGAUUCCUGUCCAAUGUUUGCUUCUGCCUGGCCUGGGCGAGCUGCAGCGCUCCACCUAUUGCUACUUUAGAUACAAGUUCUAUGACCAGGAAGCGUUCUGCUCUGAACUAAAACACCCGCAUGUUGAGGAGGACGAGGAGGUCCCGGCCACAGUGCUGUUUGAAGGAGGCAGAACUGUGGAGCUGCAGUUCACUCAGCCUUUGCUGUGGUAUCUGCGAGAGGAGAAGCUGGAGGUGCAGGUGUGGGUCACAUUCACUAAGGACAAAAGCAGGAGGCCCAGUGACCUGGACCGCCUGGUGGGCUCAGCGUUUGUGGAUCUUUCUUCUCUUACAAAAUCUCUUAAGGAGAAGCAGACUCUCAGUGGAGUGUAUCCGCUCUUCAUGCGCUCUGCAGCGGAUUUACAAGGUGCAGCUCUGAGGGUCCACAUCACACUGGCAGCAGGUUCUGCUCCCGCUGAGGAGGACACUCACAUUGACUCUGAGAGCCAGGAGGAGCUCAUCUUAGAGGAGGAGGAGGAACCAGACCAAGAGCCCUCCCCAAGGUCACCCAGAAGGCCACUCACACAAAAGGGGCAGAAGAAUAAGUCCUUCAGAACAACUCCAGACAUCACGUCUGGACAGCACACAGAAACAAGCAUUGAAGACUCUUUUCCUGUGACUGUGUCUGUGGACCGGGCCAUGCACCUCAACCUGAAGGGUUGUCCACUGGCGGAGAGAAGUGAAGUGACUCCUUGCUGCUGUGUUUCCUACAUCACUGCAGACUCAGCUGAGCCGGUGACCACAGCUGUUGUAGCCAACGCAGACAGUCCUGUGUGGGAUCACCAGCAUGAGUGCAGGCUCGCCAAUGAUCUACUGACUGAUCCUCAGCAGUCUCUUGUGUUCAAAGUGUGGCACAAAGGAGAAAUGGAGAGGGUGAUUGGCUUUGCCUCUGUAGACCUGUCCCCUCUCCUCUGUGGUUUCCCGUCGGUGUGUGGCUGGUACAACAUCACAGACUUCAGCGGUCAGUGUCACGGUCAGCUCAAAGUGUCCAUCACUCCUCUGAGGGGAGUUCAGGAGCUGCGUGCGCAGAGGAGAACUGCGGAAGAAGAAGCUAGCAAAAAAUCACCCACUUUGUUUCAUACCGUUCCUCUGAGCUACCAAACCACAGCAGUGUACAGCAGCUUUCCAUCUCAUAUCAGCAGAUAUCCAGAGCAGAAGAUCUCUUCCCCCAAACACACCAACCAUCUGUUCUCUGAAAGAGUCAGUGAGAGUGAUCGCCAUCACGAGCACAUGGAUAAGGUGCGACUCUAUCAUCAGAGUCUGCAGGAACAAACAUCUCAGUCCAUUUACAGCAGCUCAGCCAGUGACCCAAAUCCCUCCAGCUCGCUCCUUUUCUCAACUCUGAGGAAAAAGCUGAGUGAGCUGGACAACAUCCAGAGGUACUUCAACCGUAAGCUCUCCACUCCGACAUUCCCAUCCACGGCUGAACAGGAGGAUCCAGACCAACCGGAGGAGCAAAAAGAUCUGGAGGCCGACACAAGUCAGCUUCUUCACAAGUCUAACCAGUUGCUUGGAGAAGUUAGUAGCAUCAUCAGUGGUCUCGGAGGACGCCACCUGGAAACCAUUAAUUUCAACACACAGGGCCACUCAGGCAGCUUAGGUGUGGACAUGGGCGUGGAAAGUUCAGGCCCUCCAGUUAUCCCUGAAAGCAUCAGCAGUCCCACGAGGAUCACUGAUGAUCCGCUGGACAUGAUGUCUCCUUCACAGUCACUGCCAAUGUCUGAAGACAACAGCGACUCAGAGCCUGAGGAAGAACUAAACAGACGAAACACUGAGCUUUGCAUGUCUGAAGAGGAGCAUGAAGAGGAGGCGAGGCUAAUGCACGAUGAGGAAAUUGAUGAUGAAGAGGAAGAUUUUGAGGAGGUCGUGGUGAAGCCGAGACCGCUCAAUGAAGUGACCUCAGUAACAGACAAAACCAGCCCUUGGACCAGCAUCCUGUCAGACCCGGACCUAGUUUCUGUAGAGAGCUUUGAGACGCCGCAGAGGUCAGAUGUCAGUGAGGAUGAGGAUGAAGAGAGUCAAGCAGCAGCUCCUGGCUCCAGUGGGAAACAGGAGGAGAGUGACCGCUCUUCAGACCCCUCAGAGAGGGGUCACGAGAGGUCACCAGCAUUUGAGACAGAGGACGGCCUCCACAAGAACCACACGAACUCUGUACCCCACACAUCUGCUCAGAGAUCUUCUGACACUCCACAGCAGGAGGAUUCACCACUUCAACCCUCCGUCCCGUUGGAGAUCCCAAACUUUUUCCUUCCCUCUCACCAGCUGGAGGCUUCGCUCAGAACUAUCCAGUUAGCUCCAACCUUCUCUCAGCCGACCACCAACCAAGUGGGUAUCCAUCACCAUCCAUCACAGCUUCCUUCAUUUUUUUUAUCUUUUUACCACAAAUUCACAUUUUGAUAAUUAUUUGGAAAA